CGCCCUGUGAAUUGUGGGAUUGCAAUGGCUGCCCCCUUGUCUGUAAACAUACGCGUCGUGUUUACGAAAGCCACAGUUUAUUGAUCUUCCCGUCAUAGCCACGGGCCACUCAUUCCUUGAGUCCCUUUACCGUGUCUCGAUUGACCUCAUAUUUUGAGUUUAAUGUGUGAAUUUUUGCUUUUUAGACCGACAUAAAGACGCGGCAGGUUCUGUUAAGCUUGUCGCCCGGCCUUGUUCUCGGGACGGGACCUGAUAGCUCUCAGGCUAGCACCCGCUAGCUGCUGUAUCUGAGAUUAUGGAUGACGAUGUAUCCAUGCACAGGCUAGAGGGGACGGACCCAGCUGCUCAAGUCGGUGGACUGAUAGUGAAGAAGAAGAGUGCUGCUGCAGAGCCCCAUGUUUUUCGAGCACCUACUCCUCGCACCUCCUUGCUCGGUUUGGAUCUGCUGGCAGCCCAGAAAAGAAAGGAGCGUGAGAGUAAGGAACAGGCUGAGGGUGGCGGGGAUGACAGAAAUUCAAAGAAGUCAAAGGUUACCUCCUACAAGGACUGGGAGGAGGGGAAAAGUGACUCUGGAUCUGAUGAGGAGGAUGAUGAUGAUAAGAAUAAAAAUGAUAAGAAGGAGAGUCUGUCCAACAGAAAGUAUCGUGUGACUGGCUCAGAGACUCCCUCAAACCCUGGAGGUGUCAGUGAGGAGUUCCGACGCAAAAACCAGCAGAGAGAGAAAGACAGACGAGAGCAUGGAGUCUACGCCUCCUCCAAAGAGGACAAGAACAGAGACAAAGAAAGAGAAAGGAGCAGAGAUAAAGGAAGAGACCGAAGAAGUGAAAGAGAUGAGCGUGAAGGUAGCAGAAGCCGUGGCAGCAGCAGCGGCAGUUCUUCAGAGAGGGGAGAGAGGAGUGAGCGCUCUCAGAGGGAGGGCUGGUCCGAUCGCAUCAGCCGAGGGACUAAGAGAGAGGAACCUCAGUCACCACAGAAUCGCCCCAGAGAUUCUUCCACACCCUCACGCUCAAACUGGGAGGAGGAUGACAGCGGUUACGCCAGCUCACGGCACUCUCAGUGGGAGUCUCCGUCUCCAGCUCUGUCUAGCAGAGAGUCUGACCGGUCAGAGCGCAGCCAUCGCUCUGGCCGAGAGAGUGAGAGAAGAGACAGGUCAGUUAGAGGCCGAUACCCUGAUGACACACCCCUGCCUACCCCGUCAUACAAGUACAACGAGUGGGCCAAUGACAGAAAGCAUUUGGGUUCUACACCUCGUUUGUCACAAGGAAAAGGCAGGAAAGAGGACGGUGAGGGAGGAAUCACCUUUGAUAAUGAGGACGAGAAAGAGCAGUGGCAGGAGGACCAGAAGCAAGCUGACAGGGACUGGUACAUGAUGGAUGAAGGUUACGACGAGUUCCACAACCCGUUCACUACGACCUCUGAAGAAUAUGUGAAGAAGAGAGAGCAGAUCCUUCAGAAGCACUCAAAGAGAAUUUCUGCCCAGAAACGACAGAUCAAUGAGGAUAACGAGCGGUGGGAGACCAACCGUAUGCUGACCAGUGGUGUGGUGCAGAGGUUGGAGGUGGAUGAAGACUUUGAAGAAGACAAUGCAGCUAAAGUUCACCUGCUAGUUCACAACCUGGUUCCUCCCUUUCUGGAUGGGAGAAUAGUUUUCACAAAGCAGCCAGAGCCGAUCAUCCCUGUGAAAGAUGCCACUUCUGACAUGGCCAUCAUCUCUCGUAAAGGCAGCCAGCUUGUCCGAAAACAUCGUGAGCAGAAAGAGCGCAAGAAGGCGCAGCACAAACACUGGGAGCUGGCAGGCACCAAGUUGGGAGAUAUCAUGGGGAUCAAGAAGACAGAGGAAGCAGACACGCCUGGGGGCAAACCAGUUGGUGAGGAUGGAAAAGUGGACUACAGAGCCGAGCAGAAAUUCGCAGACCACAUGAAAGAAAAGUCUGAGGCCAGCAGUGAUUUUGCUAAGAAGAAGACUCUUCUGGAGCAGAGGCAGUACCUGCCCAUUUUUGCAGUUAGACAGCAACUUCUGAACAUCAUCAGGGACAACAGCAUUGUGAUCGUUGUUGGAGAGACAGGCAGUGGAAAGACCACUCAGCUGACUCAGUACCUGCAUGAGGAUGGUUACACGAGCUACGGCAUGGUGGGUUGUACGCAGCCCCGAAGAGUAGCUGCCAUGAGUGUGGCCAAGAGAGUCAGUGAAGAGAUCGGCACUAACCUGGGAGAGGAGGUGGGCUAUGCGAUCCGUUUUGAGGACUGCACAUCAGAGAAAACCCUGAUAAAGUACAUGACUGAUGGUAUUCUGCUCAGGGAGUCACUGAGAGAGUCAGACUUGGACCACUACAGUGCUGUUAUCAUGGACGAAGCCCACGAACGCUCUCUGAAUACUGAUGUGUUGUUUGGCCUGCUGCGUGAGGUUGUAUCUCGACGUACUGACUUGAAGCUUAUAGUUACUUCUGCGACCAUGGACUCUGACAAGUUUGCUGCAUUUUUCGGCAACGUCCCCAUAUUUAACAUUCCAGGGAGAACAUUUCCAGUAGACAUCUUGUUCAGUAAGACUCCUCAAGAGGACUACGUGGAGGCAGCAGUGAAGCAGGCCCUGCAGAUCCACCUCAGUGGGUUGAUGGGAGACAUCCUCAUCUUUAUGCCUGGGCAGGAGGACAUUGAGGUGACCUCUGAUCAGAUUAUUGAGCGGCUGGAGGACUUGGAGAACGCUCCUGCUCUGGCAGUGCUGCCCAUCUACUCUCAACUGCCCUCUGACCUCCAGGCCAAGAUCUUUCAGAAGGCUCCAGACGGUGUGAGGAAAUGCAUUGUUGCUACAAACAUCGCUGAGACCUCUCUCACUGUGGAUGGAAUCAUGUUUGUCGUUGAUGCAGGAUACUGCAAACUGAAGGUGUUCAAUCCUCGCAUUGGAAUGGAUGCUCUGCAGGUUUAUCCCAUCAGCCAGGCUAAUGCUAACCAGCGUUCUGGCCGUGCAGGUCGUACAGGACCAGGGCAGUGCUACAGGCUCUACACUCAGAGUGCUUAUAAGAAUGAGAUGCUCACUACCACCAUACCUGAGAUCCAGAGGACCAACCUGGCCAACGUAGUCCUGCUGCUGAAGUCUCUGGGUGUUCAGGAUCUGCUCCAGUUCCACUUCAUGGAUCCACCGCCUGAGGACAACAUGCUAAACUCCAUGUACCAGCUCUGGAUCCUGGGAGCUUUAGACAACACAGGUGCUUUGACACCAACAGGACGUCUGAUGGUGGAGUUUCCUCUUGACCCCGCCCUCUCAAAGAUGCUGAUUGUGUCCUGUGACAUGGGCUGCAGUGCUGACAUCCUUAUAAUUGUGUCAAUGCUGUCUGUGCCGGCCAUCUUCUACAGACCAAAGGGUCGUGAGGAAGAGAGCGACCAGGUGAGGGAGAAGUUCUCAGUCCCAGAGAGCGACCAUCUCACCUACCUGAACGUCUACAUGCAGUGGAAGAACAACAACUACUCCAGUGCGUGGUGCAAUGAGCACUUCAUCCACACCAAGGCUAUGCGCAAGGUGCGUGAGGUGCGUUCCCAGCUGAAGGACAUCAUGGUACAGCAGAGGAUGAACCUUGUAUCCUGUGGGUCAGACUGGGACAUCAUCAGGAAGUGCAUCUGUGCUGCUUACUUCCACCAGGCUGCCAAGCUCAAGGGCAUCGGCGAGUAUGUGAACGUGAGGACAGGCAUGCCCUGUCACCUCCAUCCCACCAGCUCCCUGUUUGGCAUGGGCUACACCCCAGACUACAUCAUUUACCACGAGCUCGUCAUGACAACCAAGGAGUACAUGCAGUGUGUGACCGCCGUGGACGGAGAGUGGCUGGCAGAGCUGGGGCCGAUGUUUUACAGCAUCAAACAUGCAGGAAGGAGCAGACAGGAGAACCGUCGCCGCGCCAAGGAGGAGAUCACCAACAUGGAGGAGGAGAUGUCCCUCGCUGAAGAGCAGCUGCGAGCGCGUCGAGACGAGCAGGAGAGGAAGAACACUGGCAGUGUUCGGGGAGUGAGAAUCUGCACACCAGGGAGGAAGGAUGAAGCCCCCAUGACACCCAGACGUACCCCUGCCCGCUUUGGACUGUAGAAGAUCCGCCAUCCAGCACACCAGACUGACUCCCUCAAACCCAUCUUCGUUCAGACCUGAUUCAACAUACAAUCACUUCUCCUUCUGUCCCUCGCAGCAUGGCCACAAUCACCUGCAGUUCAUCCACCGACCACUAGAGUGAGAACUUGUAUAAGGCACAAGAUGCAAACAGGGGCCAGGUCCUUCAAAAUGCCUUCCUCCACGUUUAUCAACAAAUAGCUUUUUGCAUGAUAAAACGAGAGGCAGAGGGGACAGCUAUGUUUGUGUGUUUUCUUUGUAUAUUCUGUAUUUAUAGGUCAAAGUGUUUUUACUUAAGUCUCUAUAAUGAUUUUUGUCUGAGCUGGAAACAUUUAAUUUUCUAUGUUCUUUUGUACUUUAUGCAGAGAGUUUCAUCAGAGGGACAAACAGUGAUCAGAUUUCAGUGUUUCUUGUCUUCGUGUCCUUUACUGCUCCUUGUGCUGUCGUGGCUGUAACAGUGUGUGUGCCAUCAUGAAGUGCUCCUCCACAGACUGAAGCACUAUUUUAUCUGUACUUGUGGCAUGAGUGUCUUCAGACUCUAGAACUGUGUUGUAAAACCCCCCUUAUACACAAACACACACACACACACACUCAUCCAGGCUUUUGGCAAUUCACCUUUGCUACCUGCUGUUGACCGAGCGCCAACAAUGUUAUAUGCACCCCAGAGUUCUUGGUACAAAACAUGAACAUGCUGGAUUCAACAUAGCUGUUUUAUUUUGAUGGUCCAUGUGUUGGAAAUAGCACACAGCAGCUUCCUUUGAGGUUCGUCUCUAAACAAGUGUUUGCAAAUGUGUCUCUUUAACGGGUAAAUUUGUUUGUAGAUGUGCACCCUCCUCUGCCCUCUCAGCUGAUGAGAACAUUGUGCAGCUUUAGAUAGACCGGUCUAUCUGCAACAAUCUAGUUUAGUGAAGGCCAUGUUUGGAUAGUGACACUGUUUCUGUUUUGUCUUUUAAACAUAGAUCUAAGACAGCAGGAGGACGGCUAAUGGAUUUUUUUUUCUCUCAACAUCUUUUGUAAAUGAAUAAAUACAUGUCAGCUAUUUUUUAAACU